AUGGCCAACGAAUUGCUUUUCAAUUUUAAUUAUGUAAAGAAUAUGCAUGAACUUAUAUUUAAGAACGAAGAUUCAGUUAUGACUUCAGAAGACCAUUUAGAAAAUGAAGACAUAAUCGAGGAAGUUCCUACCAACGAAAUGAACUCUUAUGGUAAUUAUUUACCUCACCGUGCAGUGAUAAAACUAAGCAGCAGCACUACUCCAAUUCGUCCGGUGUUUGACGCUUCAGCGAGAUUAGCAAAUUAUCCAUCUUUGAAUCAGUGCUUGGAAUGUGGUCCUAAUCUCAUUGAGCUUAUUCCAAAUAUUCUUCUUCGAUUCAGAGAGGGACAGCUUGGCGUUAUAGCUGACAUCAGGAAAGCUUUUCUGCAAAUUAGUAUUCGUAAAGAGGAUAGAGACUUCCUUCGGUUUUUGUGGUGGGAAAAUAGAGAAGAAAAGAAAUUGAGAGUUUUUCGUCACACAAGAGUUGUUUUUGGGGUAAAAUGUAGCCCUUUUCUUUUAGCUUCAGUAAUUGAGUACCAUAUUCAAAAAUGUGAAGGAUUUGAAAAAUCUUUGAAGAAAAGACUUUUGGAGAGUUUCUACAUUGAUAAUGUCGUUACUAGUGUCGACAGUAAAGACCAAUUAGAUCGAUUCAUUGACAAUUCUAAAACCUUGAUGGCAAAAGGUGGUUUUGAUCUUAGAGAAUGGGAAUGGUCUGGCGACUGUGAAACUAAUUCAAAGGAAGAAACUCAGGUAUUAGGUCUUAUUUGGAAUAAGAAAUUAGACACUUUGAAAAUUAACAUGAAAUGGCUGGAUGGCAUUAAUGUGGAAAAAGUAACUAAAAGGAGUAUGUUAUCUACAGUACAUAAAGUAUUUGAUCCUUUUGGAUUCACUGCACCAGUGAUGCUCUGUCCGAAAAUAAUGCUACAAAAGGCAUGGACAUUAGGUACAAGUUGGGAUGAAGAAGUAACUGGUGAGCUUCGUAAAGAAUUUCUACAGUGGUUUCAAGAACUUAAGCAUUUGUCUGACAUACAGAUUCCUAGGUGUGUUCAAGCUUCUUCAAAAGAUAUAAGCAACUGCACUAUUCAUACGUUUGUUGAUGGAAGCAAAGAUGCAUAUGCUGCUGUUACAUUCCUUAGAAUAGAAAAUAAUGGUCGAAUCGAGCUAUUUCUACUUGCAGCGAAAUCUCGAGUGGCUCCUUUAAGAGGCACAACUAUCCCAAGAAUGGAACUUCUUGCGGCGGUGAUUGGAGCGAGGCUAGCGAAUUCAGUUGUUGAAGCUCUUGGUUGGAAAAAUGUUACGAUAUAUUACUGGAGUGAUUCUACAACAGUGCUUGCAUGGAUAUUACGAGAAGAAAAUUGGUCUGUCUUCGUUAGGAACAGAGUCCAAGAGAUAAGGAAGUUGAGUAAUCCUACAUCAUGGAGACACAUACCUGGUGAUAAGAAUCCGGCAGAUUUACCUUCCAGGGGCUGCAAGGCAAAACAUCUAGUCUCCCUAAGAUGGUGGAAGGGUCCACAAUGGAUGAAAAAUGCUUUUGAAUUUCAAAACAUUAUGGGUUCCACCAACCAUGAUUGGAAUGAAGAAGAGAUUAGAAAGGAAAAGUCUAAGACGACUUUUAUAUUAUCAAAUAAUGAAGCCUGUGGUGUUGCAAACUGGUACUACAGAUAUUUUUCGAACUAUGAUAGAAUAGUUCGUCUUGUUGCAUGGAUCCUCCGCUUCAUGAACAACUGCAAAAAUAUAACUGAGAAGAAGCAUGGUGAAUUAACCGCUACAGAAUUUCAGGAAGCAGAAAUGAAGGACAGUGAAGAUUUUCUUAAACCUAUUGUUCUUCCUCCGAAUCAUGAAGUGGUAAAGCGGUUAAUCUAUAAUGCUCACGUUAAGAACUGUCAUGCUGGAGUCCAGAUACUAUUGAAUGCACUUAGAGAAAAGUACUGGAUCCUAAAUGGAAGAAAAGCGGUGAAACAUGUGGUGGCCAAUUGCAUUACGUGUAAAAGAUAUAGCUCAAAGAACAUAGAAGUUAUAAGUCCCCCCCUUCCAGAAAAUAGAGUAAAGGAUGCUGCGGUGUUUCAGAUAACUGGCGUUGAUAUGGCUGGACCUUUAUUCCUUAAAGACAAGAAGAGCUGGGUUCUGAUUUUUACUUGUGCAGUGUACAGAGCAGUUCAUUUCGAGCUUGUUACUGCUGCAUCGACUGAUGUUUUUUUAAUGGCCUUUAGGAGAUUUGUUUCUCGCAGAGGAAGAUGCACAACAAUAUACUGCGAUAAUGGCUCCAAUUUUAAAGUGUUAGGACAGGCACGUCUCAAUUAUGAGGAGAUGAUAACGGUUUUGGCAGACUGCGAGCGUGUAAUCAACUCAAGACCUCUAACUUACAUUUGCGAAGAGGAAGCUAUAAAACCAAUUUCUCCAUCGAUGUUCAUACAAGAUGUGCAUGAAUGCAAUCUUCCUGAUAUAGAUGCUGUAGAGCAAAAUUCUGAAGAACCGAUCUUCCAGAACUUAGUAACAAGCAAGCGAACACCUUGA